CCUUUCUUGGAGUAGUAGCUACUAGUACAAGACAUUCAUAAAAGAUCAAAAGAAAAUGCCUCGUGAAGUGAUCACGAUUCAGGUUGGGCAAUGUGGAAACCAGAUUGGCUGUCGUUUUUGGGAGCUUGCACUGCAAGAGCAUGUGUUGCAACACACAUCUUCUCAGAAACACGGACCUUUACCAUUCGACGACGCUCUCUCCACGUUCUUCAGGAAUGUGGAUAGUCGGACUGAGCGCGAUGUCAUGCCGAGUGAUGGUGCCAGCUCUGCUGCAGCGAAAACUUAUGAUGCAAAAACUGCAUAUUAAGUUUUUCAUUUUCUUAUAGUUUGAUUUACUUUUAGGCCACCGACCACGCACCACGACUAGUACUACACGUGGUAUGCGUACUAUGCAAUCGACACCUCAGCCUUAGCGGUCCUUCAUUAGUUUUAGUGCUUGGUUGUUCUUCAUUACUUUACAGUGCUAGGAUCAUGAUCUCCAUGAUCAUCUACACGACGAUGCCGCACCUUUAAACGUACUUGUGUAGCAGCUUUAAAUAUACCUGCGAGCUCGAGCCGUCUUGGUGGACAUGGAAGAUGGCGUUGUGAACGCCUGUCUGAGAGGGCCACUGGGAGAUCUGUUCGAUCCGAAGCAGAUCGUAACCGAUGUGUCAGGAGCCGGAAAUAAUUGGGCGCAUGGCUAUCAUGAAUACUUACGAGUAGCUUGAUUUUGAAGUUACUCUAUCCUUUACCUACAUUCAUUUCUUUUACUUUUCCUAGUUAGAUUGGCUCCGCCCAUAUCUUAUACUUGAUGACAAGUACCCUUUUCUCUUUUCUAUCUUCCUCUGGUCUUUCUUUUUUCUAGUUAGGUCAGUCUAAUCCUCGCCACGGUUAUAGUCUCAGAAGUAGACUCUGUUCUUUAGGGUGCGUGGCUAUUGAUAUUGAUUCUCAGAAGCAGAAGAGGUCGCAGAUUAUAUCUUAUUUCUACGAAAACUACACAUCACCUUCUCGUACAGUGAUACAGGCACAACAAGAUCAUGAAGGCGUCGUCUUGUUCUAACUCUCGGCCCUCGCUAUCGAAGUCGCAUUCUCUCUUCGCUCAGACACGCAGCAGAAAAAUGCGACAGUUUGCAGUGCUUCCUGCUACUGCAAUCAACAGGAGGCGGGACCGGAAGUGGCGUGGGGACUUAUACACUCAAAGUAUGGCUUUCGCUUUGAGAUCAUUGCACAAGAAUAUAAGUACAGUUAGACAUAGACUGCUGCUCGUUCCUUCCCUCAAAGUACUAUGGCUGUCGCUUUGAGAUUGCUCGUUCCUUCCAUUAUACCUCCCACUUUCAUUUUUCACAACUCAGUCUAAUACAUUUAUAUCGCACUACUUCUAACCGCCAUGCUGGAAGACGAAUUCCCCGAUUAUUACCGCUUCGUGUGCUGCGUCACGCCUUCGCGCGAAGACGACGUCAUCACGAGUCCUUACAACGCCAUGCUUUCUUUGAGCCAAAUGGUUGACCAUGCCCAUUGCGUCUUACCAGUCAACAACGACUCCCUGAUCACUCUAGUGAACCGAAUCAACGCAGCUAGUGCGCCAAAGACGCGGGGAGGUGCUAUUGGCGGCACCUCGGCUGUUGGGAGUUCCCUACUUGGAGGCCAACAUCAGGGAUCACAACAAGCACAACAGUUUCUUCCGAUAACAACGAAAAGUAGCAGCUCAGCAAUUGCCUCGGUUGCAACGUCAACAUCCGCACAAGCAGCAUCAAGUUCUGGCACUACGAAGAAAACUGGUGAGGGCAGUCCUCCAUUUGGCGACAUGAAUUUGCUUGUCGCACAAAUGUUGAACCAUCUGACAGCGUCGAUGCGGUAUGCGGGAUCGUUGAACUUAGACCUGAACGAAAUCACGACGAACCUCGUACCAUAUCCGAGGAUGCAUUUUCUCAAUUCUAGCCUUUCGCCUUUGAUUAUGGCGUCGAGUUUUUUUGUUUCAUAAACGAACCUAUGCUUGUUGUGACUAUCUAUCGCAGUUAGGCAUUUUUUGGAGUCGGAGUCCAAUUACGUGGCUGGAGUACGCCAGACAAUGAGGACGAGUUCACUUAAAAUGGAAACUCGGUGGUCGUGGUUUAUAAUACUUCCAUGAAUUAGGUCUCUUAAGUAGUAGCCGAAGCCAUUGCCAUCCUCUCUAACUUCCCCAUCAGCAAGGACCGGAAACUGCUUCCUCGCAGUUUUGACCAGAUGUUCUCGGACGUGGCGCUGAGCAUGGACAACACACUAUGCUGGAACACACUUCAGGUGGCAGCAAAUCGAGCGGGUUCGGGUGCUGCCUUAGACUUAUGCUGGCAUAUAUUCCAUUUUUUUUAGGCUCGUAGUUGUACCCUGUCCCCCCUGUUUUUUCUGAAAGUACAUGAUGGGAGGCUUGCUGCUCAGGUAUUCGACCUCUAGGUGUAUAAUAGCGUCCGCUUCAAUGCACUGUUCUCUCCGCUUCAAAGCGUUGUGAUUUUGGCGUUGUAAUAUCUUCGGUACAGGUAGUAGAGCUACAGUUAUUUUUAUCACGGGUUUUGUGAUUUUGGCGUUGUGAUUUCUUCGGUACCGGUGGUAGAGCUACACUGUAAUGAAAUGCACGAAUUGGACACUUGGGGUUGGGGUUGGUCCUCUUUACACGCGGGCUCGGGUCUGUUGCGUUAGACUUAAUAAUGUUGGCAUAUUUAUAUUGACUAUUUUUUUUAGGCUCAUGUAGAAGAGCGUGUCGGCGUUACUCAUGCCAUAGCGCUAUCGGUUCUCUGCCGCGUCUCUACUCGGGUCGCAACGGAAUCAGGCAGCUUUCUUGAGUUGUCACGUGGUUCGAAAAUGAAUGAAUGAAUGAGUCGCUUCAUCUAAUCUAUGGAACAAGUCAUGCGCCUCACAUGGUCCCGGUCUACGACCAGUCGAAUAGCGCUGCGGGAAUAUCAAGUGCUGCAGCUGCGAGUGGAGGAAGCUAUUUGAUAAAUCCGAAAAAUCACAUUACCUUGGCACAAGCUUUUCUGGUCAGAUCGCGGGACUGUGGGAUUGCGGAUGUAGCGAGAAACGUACAGAAAACAAAGGAAAAGCUGAAAUUCCUCCCAUUCAACGAGGAUGCUGUGAAUUAAGGCUUCCCAUUGUUGGUUCUACUUUUUUACAAAAGUCCGUCGUAGAUAGGAUUUUUUAUGUCCUCUAAGUAAUCAAACAGAAGUCGUACGUAGGUAGAUUACUUUUAUGUCCUCUAAUACUAAUCAAGAAAGCUCUUUUUUAUGUCCUCUAAGUAAUCAAAGCUCGGAUUUUUUAUGUCCUCUAAUCAGAGCUCGGAUUGUGCAACGCAGUGGCAGCAGGUUUCCCGCACAGUUGUCUCGGUCUCGCGAAUAAUUGCGGGAUAGUGCCUGGAUUGUUCGAUAAAGUGAACAAAAACUUUUAUCGUCUUUAUCGUCGGAAAGCGCAUGUACACCACUAUACGGCCUACAUGGAACAGGCAGGUUUUGACUAUGCGAACGAGAACCUGAGGAGCCUAACGAACGACUACACUCAAGUCGACCGACACCAUACGCCUCCUCCAGAGCACAAAUCGUCUGACGCUGCAUGUGAUGUUAUGAAAACUGUGGAUUUGCUACUUCAUCUACUUCAUGCAUCUUACACUUACAACUAAGAAAUCAGAACAAGAUGAACUAGUAAUCGCUUAGUAAUCUUCUUCUCUCAUUUUUCACUUUCAGAUUCAGUUUCAUCUCUACAAACCAAGAAUAUCAUCCACAUCAAACCUGAAGCUCUAACUCUCGCCAAGGUGGAAACAGCAGUGCAAGAAGGGACCAAGAACCCGACUGGCCUUCGUUGUUGUUCAAGCCUUCCCAGCACCUUUUCGAAAAGGCCGCACUUCAUUGGCUACCGAGACCUGUCAUAUAGUAGCUAGAAAUAGCAAAAGGAACACUUUGCCGAUUGCUGUAAUCUGAAAAGUUGGUCGUACACGACCACAUCAUGUUGCUUUUGUGAUGCACGGAACUCUUCUACUUGGGCAUCAUUUGAAGGUGACCAGCAC